AUGGUGUCCCGUGCUGAGCUUGAAGAGUUCCGUCAGUACUUUGAGUGCUCGCUGCUCAGCUUGGUUCGUGGUGCCUCUGUGGAAGCCAAAAAGGACGUCGAUAGUGCGAGAUCAGACUUCAUCGAAGCACUGCAAUCUUUCAGGGACGACACCCUUGAAGCUUUGACUGCUCUGCACGAGCGUGCUGACCUUCUGCUUGAGAAUCAGUUUAGGCUGCAGAACCAGUUUGUGAUUUUGCAACAGCGCCUUACUCGGCUUGAAGGUGAACCGGACUGCACUGACGGGCCGUGCUGCCCGGACGGGCCCACUGACCCUGAUGACAGGUCUCGCUUGGGCGGGUCCGCACCGCCCCUCCCCGAGUCGGGCAUUCCCUGCCCACCUGUGAAUCGGCACGUGCAUUUGAGGCCCCCGGCACUGCCGGCCCGCGCAGCCCCUUUCACACCGCCGUUUCAAGCCUUGCCUGAGCUUCAGGCUGCACCUCCAUUGCCCAAUCCGCAAGGAAUGGUGGUGUCGGUAUCGAACAAGCGCCCGCGCGCCAGCAAGCAGGAUGGUCGCGGGAUGCAGGCCAUUCGUGCACACUCAGCGGCCUGCUCUCAGAUUGCUGUGAACCUCAUGCUGCAGCUUCUUGCCUUCUUGGGGUCUGAAUCCAGCUUUUUCUCCGCCAUCCAAUCAGCAGUGCAUUUCGAUGCACACGUGCGCCGUGUACUUGCAGGUUUUGCCGCAACGACUGUCAUCAGGUACAUCACUACCUUUAACUCCUUUGCUAAAGCUUGUGAGGACUUGGAUGUGUGUCUUCUUGAGAUUACUGCAGUGCAAGCGGCCGACAUCUUGGUCACUUUGCAGCUUCAAAGACAGGAGGAUCCGACUGUCGGAUCGUCGGCAAUCACUUGCAUCAAGGCCGUACGGUGGGUUUGCAAGAACACCCAGUGCAUUGUGUUUGAGGUUUUCUAUGGCGAGCUGAUUUCAUCCUUCUUGAAGACCAAACUGCCUAAGGACCGCAGGGAGAGCCUACCCCUGCCGCUGUAUGCUCUUGUGCAGUGGGAACGGCGCAUCCUUCAGCGCUCCACCCCAGUGCGGGACAUAGUACUGCUCGGUGCUUUUUUGGUCACAUGUUGGGCGAGUCUUCGCUUUGCUGACAGCCAGCGCAUCGAAUGGAGCUCAUUUGCUUUCGACGUGGUUUCGCUUCGGGCCAUUGCAUACCAGACGAAAACUUCGCAUCAGGGCCAACCCUUCGGCCUAAUCACUCAAGGCUUCUUGCAUCAUGGCACACACUCCUGGGUGGCUAGGUGGCUCCGGGUUCUUGAUUCCAUCGCUUCGCAGGAGGUGCGCGACUUUGAGGUGGCUCCUAGCUUUCUGUUUCCGGCACUGGACGAUGACGCCGAGUUGCUCCGGCCCCUGGAGCCGAUGAGUUACCCUUCAUGCUUGCGCUGGUUGCGCUAUUACUUGCAGUUUCCUUGGAUGGUGUCUCCACCCGAGGUGCCCGUAUCUAACUAUACGGUGCACUCCAUGAAGUGUAGCCUCUUAAGUUAUAUGCUUGAGGUGCCGGACAUCCGCGGCCCAGACAGGGACGCUCAAGGACAUCAUAGGGGGAGUAGCAGGGAACUCUACAGCAGAGAUGACGUGCUAGGGGCGCUCCGCGCUCAGACACAAUUGAGGUCUGCUGUCUUGGCGGAUUUUCGCCCAAGGACGCCAUUGCACCGUGGAGCACAGCUGCCUAUGGCACCGAUCCCUUUUACUUUGGAAGCCUUCAGCAAAGAGAUCGAUCCUGCACCGUGGGGUUUCUUUUCCUUCGAUGUUGGUGUCCCCGGGUCGCUCCCCUGGGUUCCCGGUCAAUCUUCGGCAUGUGCUGCGGAAACACCUGCUGCAGAGGCCAGCACCAAGGCUGCCGAGCCCUCCUUGCCCGACUCCGCAUCGGAGGCUGGAUCUGAGUCAAGUCUUGAGUCCGAGGCAGGGCCCGCGUCGCUCGGCCCCCCAGAUGAGGUGCACAUGGUCGCCGCAACAGGCGUUGUGCACGCCGCAUGCCCGUCAGGUGAGAGGACACUUUGUGGCAUCGGACACGGGUCUGCCCUCGAUCAGCCGCUUCAGGCCCGAACGGUAGUUUUUGCCGACCGCUGCUCUCGCACCAUGGCAGAUGAAUUGUUCGAUGCUAAAUCCGCGGAUGGAUCAUUCAAUCUGGUGAAUCCUUCACCGUGCCCGCUUAAAGCAGAGGGAGCCUCAAGCUUCAAUCAGCUCCUUCAGGAUCACGGCAUCAGCCAGGAGCUCACGGAUCGGCUGCUCGCCGACGGUUGGGAUGCGAAAUCUUUUCGCCAUGUUGUCUGCCAGGAAUCUGAGCUUGCGGGGGUCCUCCCUGAGAUGUUCCCGGACACUGAAGUGUCCUUGAUGCAGCGUGCCAAGCUGCGAGCCGUCUGGUCGUCGCUGCAGCGACGCGGUAGUAACGAUCCUGCUCCUGCAGAACCGCUGGGAUCCCCGGCCAAGCAGGGCUCGGGAUGGUCGGAAGCCUUCGCGCCCAAGCUUGAUGCAACGCGGGUGGCCACACUCAAAAAACGUUUCUUGGAAGCCUUCCCAUCCGAAAUCUUGACGGCUAUGAAUACCCCCUCGCUCCGCCUCUUGAGCACUGCUGUCGACGCCGAGGUUAAGAAGAACUGGUCUUGGAUCCCGUGGAAGAGUCGCAUGACGCAACAGAUGUAUGAGGAUUCCCUCAUGCAGAAGCCCGCAAAAAGGGCCAGGAUUGAGACCCUUCAGCUUUCGGACCUGUUGCUUGAUGAACCGCCACAGAUUGAUAUCAAUGAUUCCACCAUGGGGAUUUCAAUGAUCCGUAGGCUGUUGGAGGUGCAUGACAAUGCCCUCGCUCUUGCAGGCACCGCGCAUCUUGCGCGCCUCAAAGCUUACACCUCUAAGUUCUUGAGCCUGGUUUCGCAAAAAUUCCCGCCAGAAACAAACCUUCGGCCCCCCUCUGUGCUGGAAGCUCAGCAGGCGGACAAACACUUGUGGUCGUGCAUCUUUCAACUUGUGAUCGAGAAAGAAUGGCAGGUGAAUGAUGCGAUCUACGAGUUCACGGAGAUCCGUGGCGAUAUGUCGUCAUGGCUGCAGCCCCGCGCCAAAGCUGCCUCGGCAGGCAAUCGUAGGCCGUAUGCACCGGGCGGCCGUGACAACCGCCCGCCCACCCCACCGCCAGGUCGUGGCAAUGGCAAGGGAAAGGGGAAAGCCAAGAGCCCCACCAAGCAAGGCACCCAGCCUAGGGGCGUUCCGUGGGUUCGCGAGUACAAGGAGGGCGGCCAGGUGAAAAAAUUGUGCAUUGGGUGGCAGAUCGGGAAAUGCCAGCGUGGCAACUCCUGCGAGUUCACGCACGGCUGCCUCUUCGAUUGCAUUUUGUGCUCAUUGCGGGAAGUCACCAUCGCCCUGCCUGAGCUUUGCAGGGACCUGAAUGCCCUAUUCAGGUUCCUCUUUCCAAACGAGCACUGGAACGCUUUGUGUGUCUCGCGCAAUGGCCUCAGUGCGCUGCAUUCCGACUCAGCGAACAUUCCUGGCUCACGCAAUUUGUCACUCUCGCUGGGCGCCUUCUCGGGUGGCCAUCUGUGGAUUGAGGACCUCUCCUGCCUCUCGCAAGGCCAGCCGACAUCAGUUGCAUCUGGCUCGGGCUGGCUGCAUGGCUGUGCUAUCGACACACAUCGCAAAGCCAUUAGCUUCGAUGGCCGCAUUAGACACAUGACACUUCCUUUCUCAGGAGAGCGUUGGGCCCUCACAGCCUUUUCCCUGCCUGACGUGUGUUGUGCCGAACUUGAGCGUCCGCAGAUGUUCCUCCUGCGCAGCAUCUCCCUUCAGCACAGCCAAUGCCCGGCGCGUCUUUUUCUCGAGAUCACAUGGAGCAAUCACUCGCGCCAUCAACUUAGCAUGGCUGUCCGUGCUUCAGGUGGAAACUCCCUCACUCUAAGCCCCAGCCUUGACCCGACCCUGGAUGUCCUUUGCCCAGACCUCCUCGAGCAGGUCCUCUUCCUUUGCGGCUCGGGAGCGGUCGCGUAUCUUGCAGCAUCGCCACUAGCCGAGUCAGCAGACUCGCCUGACGACGUGGGUUCCUCCUCGUGGCUGCUAUCGGCAAUGCACGAGCAAACGACGGCGGCAAAGGUUUCCCGUUGCACCUGGCUCCUCAGCAUUGUACACACUGCAGGGGGUCAAGGGCAUUUGGAAUUGCCCCCCACUUCUUCUUACUGGUCGUCUGAGCGGCCCCAGGCCUGGCUGCAUCAGGGAAACUGUGCUCUGGUCUUGAUACCCCCAUUGCUGUACUCAGACUCAGCUAUUCCGUGCCAGCCCCAGCUCUUGGCUGCUUCUUACCGCCCGCUUUCCGCCCUGGCGGUCAGCUCGCCCGCCUUCGCUCCCCCGCAAUGCGCAAGUGCAUUUGCAUCUUCGUUUGCCACGAUCGCUGCCCCUCUGCUCCCGGCAGAGGGCCGCGAGCUAUCCCUGCAGUCAGUCAUCAAGUCUAUCCCACGCAAAGGCCUUUUCGCAGGCCCACAUGCACUUCAUGAUGGUGCUGGAAAACGCUCCAUUGCCGAUUGGAGCAGCCCUGCAAGCCAUGAUGCAUUUCGGGGAUUACGCAAAGCCCUGUUGCAAUUCUGCAUCUCAGCUCGAGCCGACAAACGCUUGCUUGCUCGCGGUUCCUGCCCGUCGAAUGAACCGCUUUUCAGCUCUUCCGAAGUGUCCGCAGCCAGGGAUCUGGUGUUUCCUUCGCUGGGUAUGCAGACCCCGGAUAACGCUUGGUAUGUGCAUCCAUACCAACCCAUGUGCUUGCACGCAUUUGAAGCCCUGGCACAACAUUGUGGCGAUCAGGACAUUCAUCUGUUUCCGCAUUUGCGUAUGGGUGUGCCAACCGGGUACCUGAAUGACAUCCCCCCUUCCAACUGUUUCUGGCCUCCCAAAGGCCAAUCAGGGGAGCUGAUUCCAUUGGCGCUCAAUCUUGAAAACUGGAAGUCGGCCGAUGUGGCUCCUGAGGUCACUUCGCGCUUGCUUCAAGAGGAGUUGGACGCGGGAUACUGCUUUAAGUUUGAAGGCACACUUGAGGAGGCGAAAAGUAGAUGGCCCGUUGGCCUAGCACUGGGAAAAUUGGGGGUUGUUAGGGCUCCGGGGAGGGCCGAACGACUCGUGUUGGACAACAGCGUAGCUGGGACCAAUUCUCAGUGCACAGUGCCGGAACGUCAAUGUUUCCCGAGCAUACACGAUGUUUCGCAUUCUUUCCCGAUUCGCGAGACUUCCGACCGCCAGAUGGCCAUUUGCAUUGAUGUCAAGCAGGCGCACAAGCGCUGCCGCAUCCGCGACUCCGAGCAGGGCCUGCUCGGCUUCACUUGGCACAACGCGCUAUACUUUUUUCGCUGCUGCCCAUUCGGAGCAGUUUUCUCACAGCAUUGGUGGGGUCGCGUGGGAGGGUGCACUUUGCGCCUGUUACAUACCCUGCUGUUCCUGGCCCAUGUGGGCCUCCUUUUCGUGGACGACUUCAUUUUCAGCCAAGCGGCCAGCCUCAUGCCGCUCUCGGGAGCUGUGAUAUGCCUCUUUCUUCAGAUCCUGGUGUUCCAGUCAGUUGGAAAAAAUUACAAAUUUCUUGCCGGGUCGAUUGGAUUGGAUGGCGGUUGUGCUUCUCUUCGGGAACUGGAAUCCUUUCUGGGCCUUGCCAUGUGGGCCUGUGCACUCUUCCCCACUAUGCGUGCCAUGAUGCACCCUUUCUACAAAGACCUUUGGUCUCCGGCUGCCUUCGAGCGUUGGUUGCAACACGUGGCACCACUCGCCAGCAUGCGCCCAUCUCAGGUUGCAGACGUUGAGGCCUUCGCCGAUGCAUCGGAAUUUGAAGCAGCAGGCAUUCCUUUCGGCAAUGACCUGGCUAAGGAGAUAGCCAGUUGUGAAGCCCUGGCUCAGGCGGUGCUUCUGCUACGGCCAUCCUUCGAAUCCUUCAGCCUGGCGCAUACCGAACAAAACACGAGAAAGCGCCCAUUCUGCGUUCUGCCUGAGAGCCAGGUGCCCAAACUGGCUGCAGCACUGUUGCCACGUGGCAGUGACGGUGGCUGUGACACAGCGCUUGCCACUGGUGGCUGUGACACAGCACUUGUCGAACUCCUCUAA